UAAUUGGUGGUGAAUUGAAAAAAUUUUGUCUGACAGUGAAGUAAAGUGCUACGCCAUCUUUAUUUGCAUUUUUUGACGACGCUUUCAGAAUUUGCGUGUUUUAAGCGAAUAUAAAAUGUCGCAAAGAUUUGCUCCUGGUCAACCAGGACCUGCCCCAGUACCGGGUCAACCUCGAUACCAACCACCUCCUCCUCAAACAGCUGGGAUGCGUCCAUACGCCACCGGUGGUGCUUUUCCGCAACGUGGAUUUCCAUUACAUCAAAAUACAUCGCAACCUGGACAAAGUAAUACAAAUUCCCCAGGUGGGCCACCAUUACAUCAACGGGCUUCUCAACCUGGUUUUCAAAGUGGUCUUAGGGGUAGCGGCUCUGGGGGUGGAAACAAGAGGUCAGCUGAAGCACGUAAUAUUAACAGCAGUCAAAAUAAAGGAGAUUUUGUAGCGGCAAAGAAAAAGAAAAAGCUUGCAGAUAAAAUUUUGCCACAGAAAGUACGCGAUCUGGUACCAGAAUCGCAAGCGUACAUGGAUCUACUCACAUUUGAGAGAAAACUAGAUGCCACUAUCAUGCGGAAACGACUUGAUAUUCAAGAAGCGUUGAAAAGACCUAUGAAACAGAAACGAAAACUUCGUAUCUUUAUCUCGAAUACAUUUUAUCCCAGUAAAGAGCCAAGCAAUGACGGAGAUGAAGGCUCUGUGGCCUCUUGGGAACUCCGUGUAGAAGGUCGUUUGUUAGAGGACGGAAAGGGAGACCCUACCACAAAAAUAAAAAGGAAAUUCUCUUCAUUUUUUAAGUCUUUGGUAAUUGAACUGGAUAAGGAGUUGUAUGGUCCGGAUAACCACUUGGUUGAGUGGCAUCGCACCCACACUACGCAAGAAACUGAUGGGUUUCAAGUGAAACGUCCAGGUGACAGAAACGUGCGGUGUACAAUUUUGCUUUUACUGGAUUACCAACCAUUACAAUUCAAAUUGGAUCCCAGACUAGCACGUCUCCUGGGUGUUCAUACUCAGACACGUCCGGUAAUAAUUUCUGCACUCUGGCAAUAUAUAAAAACUCAUAAAUUGCAAGAUGCUCAUGAGCGGGAGUAUAUAAAUUGUGACAAGUAUUUAGAGCAGAUAUUUGGGUGUCAGCGCAUGAAAUUCGCCGAGAUACCACAACGCCUCAACCCGCUCCUUCAUCCACCAGAUCCUAUUGUGAUCAACCAUUUUAUUGAAAGUGGUGCAGAGAACAAGCAAACUGCAUGUUAUGAUAUCGACGUUGAAGUUGAUGACACACUUAAAAACCAGAUGAAUAAUUUUUUAAUGAGUACAGCCAGUCAGCAGGAAAUUCAAGGUUUGGAUACAAAGAUUCACGAAACAGUCGAUACCAUUAAUCAGAUGAAAACUAAUCGCGAGUUCUUUUUGAGUUUUGCGAAAGAUCCACAGAAAUUUAUCCAUCGUUGGAUAGUAAGCCAAACUCGAGAUUUGAAGGCAAUGACGGAUGUUGUUGGUAACCCUGAGGAAGAACGUCGAGCAGAAUUCUACUAUCAACCAUGGACUCAUGAAGCUGUCUCACGUUAUUUCUUUACAAAAGUAAAUCAGAAGCGCGCCGAAUUGGAACAAGCCUUGGGUAUACGUAAUGUCUAACUCAUCUCAAUAUGCUCAUUUAUAUUAGUAUAUAGUUCGCUUUUUAACUUGGGUUCAAUAAAUAUUUAUAUGAAAAUAAUGAUUAACUGAAAAAAAUCACAACUUAUUCUUCUAAUAUGUGCAUUAGAAUUGUUAAAUGUGUAUUUAAGACGUAGAAGACGAUAUACGAAACAUGAGAAUUUUACAACACAGAGCGAAAACGAGAUGUCGAGAAGAAUGAAAGCGUAUUGUAGAGCAGGCACUGGUCCACACCGAACAGUAAUGCAAAAAUGAUGAUGAUGUAUAUGUAAAUGUAUUUGAUUGCCGUAACCGAGCGGUAUAAUUUAUGAUCGAAACCCAUUAAGGGCAUUAAAUAUCAAAUGAUAAUUUUUUUUCUAAUAGCUGUUCUAAUUAAAAACCUCCAAGUGUAUUUCUGAUAGGAAAAAGCGCAUAAACAAAAUUAUCUUUCGGAGGCGUUGUGAUACUGCAGGCCCUCAAUUUGCAAGUUAACAUCAAAAUACACUUAACCAGUGGAAGAUAAGAUUUCCCAAAUUUCGAAUAAGAAUCUGAGGACCUAUUAUAUAUGCAUGUCACAGCUGUUUCUGCCAAUAUAAUGCAAAACAUCGUUUCACAUUCUGUAACUGAAACCCUACCUUUAAAACACUUAUAGUUUUUAAGUUAUUUGAUUUAACAAUUUGUAAAAUUGACGAACACUUCUGUUUUGGAGAGCCAAAAAAACAACAAGAAGUGCUGGCAGAUACCUGAAAAACCAGCAAUAACAGAUAAUCGAUUAAAAAAAGGCAAAUGUUUUGAUUUAUAUGCAUUAGUAUUUGAGUUUCCUGUAUUUCGAUUGUCUAGAUACCUAUAUAAACUACACGAAAAAAUUAUGAGCCCAAGAUGAUUAUGAUGAUAAGUAUAAUAAGCAAAAAUAGAAAAAUGUCUCAAUAUUUUUUCAUUGAUUGUAUGUUUUAAAUGGUAUAUUCCGCAUUUAUUGCUGGUAUUUUAGUAACGCACAAAUUCUUGCCAUGUGCAAAACGAAAUAAUUAUAAGAUCAAAAGCGUUUGCUUUUAAUUUAAAAGUGUACAAUGGAAUUUUAUGAAUUUUUGAUCGCUUUAU